UAAAUCCAUUCUCCUAAUUUCUCCUUUUCAUUUUCUUAUCACAAAUUCAACAACUCAAACACCAAUUUCCAUCUCUUUAUCUUGCAGACACUGCUUCCUUGCAGAAUCCAUAUCACUAAUUUCAGUCAAAACCAUGCCAGUGGGAGAAGUCUUUCUUGGUGCUUUUCUUCAGGUGUUGUUCGACAGAUUGGCGCCGCGUAAGCUGUCGCUCUUUCCAUGUGAAGAUGGGAUACGUUCAGAGUUGAAGCAGUGGAAGAGAAAGUUUUUAAUGAUCCAGGCAGUGCUCAACGAUGCCGAGGAGAAGCAACUGACGAACGAGGCUGUGAAAAUGUGGAUGGAGGAUCUCCAAGACUUGGCUUAUGACGUGGAGGACAUCCUGGAUGAGUAUGCUACUCAGGUUCUAGAGCGGGAAUUGAUGACGGAACAACCGACAAACAGAAUUGCUGAUUAUUUCUCUUCUUGGACUCCAAGUGCUCUGAUUUCCCAGACUGAUAUGAAGUCCAAGAUAGAAGAGAUUACUUCCCGUUUAGAAGAUCUCUGUGAAGAAAAGAAUGAUCUUGGCCUGAAAGAGAUUGCUGGAGGCUCAUCUACUGUUUCAUGGCAAAGACCACCUAGUACAUGUGUGCCAACUGAACCAGCGGUUAUCGGAAGAGAUGCUGAUAAAGCCGAGAUACUUAAAAUGGUGUCAACCAAUAAACAGAGUAGUGGCAGCUUUCAUGUAAUACCCAUUGUUGGCCUAGGAGGAGUUGGCAAAACAACACUUGCUCGGGAGGUGUACAACGACAAGGCAGUGGCGGAUUUCAAUCCAAAAGCAUGGGCAUGUGUUUCGGAUGAUUUUGAUGUUAUGGGAAUUUCCAAGGCGAUUCUUGAGUCAAUCACUUCAUCAUCUUGUAGUCUACAGAACUUAAAUGAAGUCCAGGUUCAGUUGAAAAACAAGGUAACUGGAAAAAAAUUCCUCCUUGUAUUAGAUGAUGUUUGGAGCAGAGAUUAUGGCUUGUGGGAAACCCUUAAAUCUCCCUUCAUGGCUGGGGCACCAGGAAGUAGGAUAAUUGUGACGACACGCAGCAUCGAUGUAGCUUUAACAAUGGGACACAGUGAAUAUUUUAAGUUGGAAGUUCUUUCAAAUGAUGAUUGUUGGGGCAUAUUCGAGAAGCAUGUAUCUGGGAGCACGGUUGUUGUUUCAGGCCAGAAUUUAAAUUCAAUUCGUGAUAAAGUUGUUGAGAAGUGCAGAGGGUUACCCUUAGCAGCCAGGACUCUCGGGGGUCUUUUACGAUCUAAGCAAAGAUAUGAUGAGUGGGAAGAUGCAUUGAACAGUAAAUUAUGGGAUUUACCUGAAGAAAAUGGCAUUCUCUCUGUUUUGAGACUAAGCUACCAUCAUCUUCCUUCGCAUUUAAAUGAUGUUUUGUUAUAUUGUUCAUUUUCCCAAGGAUUAUGA